GCCUCGAGACCCGGCGGCCCGCGGGUGGGCGAGGGCUCCGCGGGGCUGCGGGCGGCGGCGGCGAGCGCUCGGGUGGCGGGAGGCCUGCGAGCCUGCACGACCCGGCGCUGCUGCCCCUGCCUUCCGCCCGCUCACCCCGGGACGUUGUGCUGUGAGGCGUUUCUUGAUGCUCGCCGACUUCCCAGCACGGACGGUGGAAAAGUUGGUUCGGGCUGAACAAGCGCUCAGAGAGCCAUGGUGGGGUCGUCCGGCCAGCCCGCUUCCGGCGUCGAGCUGUCGGUGUAGCUCGUCACCCGAGCAGACUCUGUGAAAAUGCUGAGGAGAAAAGUGCCCCUCAGAUGAGCGCGGUCGGCGACCAGUCUUUUCCGAAGGCGAUGGCAGGGACCAAAACCAGCCGGGUUUGGUGGCUAGCUGCAAACGGAGAAAACUGAGGGCUGCCAGGCGGGAUGGACCCCUGUGGAGACCCGGCCGUGCCCGGCGGCGACUGUCCCCACAGCAGGAGACAGGAGCUCCAGGGGGCGUCUGACCGGGAGGGUCCGCUGCUGGGCACUUUGGUGGACAGCAGCCACAGUAAACAGGAAGACAGAAACAGAAUGUCUGAAGAACUUUUAAUGGUGGUCCAGGAAAUGAAAAGGUCUUUUCCAGCUGAGAGAUGCACUAAACCCAGCACCCUAGAUGCCCUUAACCAUGCCCUGCGCUGUGUGCUUAGCGUGCAAGCAAACAGUGGAUUUUUCCCGAGUCUCAGCCCACAUGGAGCACCUCAGGCAGACGUGACUGUGUACAGUCCCGAGGAGCUGGCCUCGCUUGCUUCCGAACUUGCUUCCAAGAACACAGACACGUUUGUGGCAGCGUUUUCAUUUCUGUCUGGAAGGUUAGUGCACGUUUCUAAACAGGCUGCUUCGAUCCUGGAUUCUAAGGAAGAUGCCUUGAAGUCCUCACACUUUGUUGACCUGCUUGCUCCUCAAGAUGUGAGUGUGUUCUAUGCACACACUGUUCGAAGUCAGCUUCCUUUCUGGAACAACUGGACCCAAAGAGCUUCACAGUGUGAAUGUGCACCAGUGAAGUCUUUUUUCUGCAGAAUCUGUGGCGGUGGAGACAGAGCACAAAAGAAGCUUUGCUCUCCAUUCCGGAUCCUCCCCUAUAUGGUGCACGUUCAGAGCUCUGCCCAGCCAGAAGCAGAGCCGUGCUGUCUAGCACUGGCUCAGAAGAUUCGCUCUGGUUAUGAAGCUCCUCGAAUCCCUGUAGAUAAAAGAAUUUUUACCACAACACACACCCCAGGAUGUGUGUUUCUUGAAGUAGAUGACAGGGCGGUGCCUCUGCUGGGUUACCUACCUCAGGAUCUGAUUGGAACGUCGAUCUUAACGUAUUUGCACCCAGAAGACCGGCCUCUGAUGGUCGCCAUACACCAAAAAGUUCUGAAGUAUGUGGGCCAUCCUCCGUUUGAACACUCGCCCAUCAGAUUCUGCACUCAGAAUGGAGAUUACGUCAUUCUGGAUUCCAGCUGGUCCAGCUUUGUGAACCCCUGGAGCCGGAAGGUUUCCUUCAUCAUUGGCCGCCAUAAAGUUAGAACGAGUCCAUUAAAUGAGGAUGUUUUUGCUACCAGAAUAAAAAAGGCAACUAAUAACGACAGAGACAUAACAGAAUUACAAGAACAAAUUCACAAACUUCUUUUACAGCCGGUUCACGCCAGUGCCUCCAGUGGUUACGGGAGCCUGGGCAGCAGUGGCUCCCAAGAGCAGCACAUCAGCAUCGCCUCUUCCAGUGAGGGGAGCGGACCCUGUGGAGAGGCAUCGAAGGAGCAGAUGACCUUGCAGCAGGUCUAUGCCAGUGUAAACGAAAUUAAGACUGUGGGUCAGCAGCUCUACAUUGAGUCGAUGGCCAGAUCAGUCAAGCCUGUGAUGGACACAUGCAUGGCGCUGCAGGAUGAGCAGAAGGACCUUUCUCCCUCUCAGACACUGAACAAUAAGAGCAUGCUUGCUGGCUCUUGUGAUGAUCUGAGGCGAGAGCAGCACAGCUCAUCCUACCAGCAGAUGAACUGUAUCGACAGUGUCAUCAGGUACCUGGCGAGCUGCAGUCUUCCAGCCUUGAAAAGAAAGCACACAUCCUGCACAAACACGUCUUCAUCCUCAGAAGAAGCCAAGCAGAGCCACGGGGCGGACUGCAGCACGGCACUGCGAGAUACUGAACAGACCCUGAACACACCUAAACAGGAGACACCAGCAGCUGGACCGUCCACAGACGCCGAAGGAGGUGCUGCCUGGACCCUGUCCACCGCUGCACUGAGCAUGGGCUCUGGCAUAAUCCAGUGCAGCUGCAGCAGCACCGCUGUCCAUGCCCCGCCCCUACACUCAGCAGAGGGUGCUGCAGAGUUAGUGUGCAAGCCCUGGCCGCCGAGAACACAGACGUCUCCCCUGACUGGGGAAGAAUUUAGGCACGUGGGGCUCACAGCAGCUGUCCUCUCCGCACACACGCAGAAGGAAGAACAGAACUAUGUUGACAGGUUCCGGGAAAGGAUCCUGACCUCACCCUACAGUUGUUAUCUUCAGCAAGAGAGCAGAAACAGUGCCAAGUACUCCUCUGGUCAAGGCUCUCCUCCUAAGCAGGGCAGAUGUGCUGGAAGUCAGAGACGCAGACACAAACGGAAGAGGCUGCCGGUGCCUUUGGACACCAGCAGCUCCAGUGCUGCCGUCUGUUCCCACGUCAGAGGCCUCCUUCCCGACACACAGCCCCCGAGCCCCUCUGUUGUCUGCUCUCCCCACGCCACAAGCCUAGCUUUCCCGUCAGCCCUGGGAGCUCCCAGCCAGGCCCCUUAUCUUCUCUCCGCUUUGCCCUUCCCAGAUGUGGCCUCUCUCGGAGUAGGGGGCUCUGCAGGCUGGGGAGCGGCUGCUGGCCCUCAGUCUGUUCCAGCUUUCCCUUCUGCCUACUCUGACACGUUCAUGACCAUCUUCCUGCACCACGCCCCCAUCCUUCCUCUGUGGUCAGCGUCAUUCCCCCCACAUCCAUACCUGGGGGCCGCAACUUCUUGUGAAAUGACACCCUUAGCACCAGCAAUGGCUCCACACCUGGAGCCAGCUUCUUCAGACCACAGCCAAAGGAGAGCGGAGGAGAGCUGGGAGACACACGGCGCCGAGCAUCCGUUUAUCAGCUCCAGGAGCAGCUCGCCACUCCAGUUAGAUUUGCUCCAGGAGGAGAUGCCUGCGCCGUCUGAAUCUCCAGACCCAGGGAGAAGAGGCCCAGAGGUUGAGUGUCACUGUGUCACAGGGAACAGUAGGAGCAGUCACUGUGCCACCGGCGAGCUGGCCACAGCCUCAGUGCACCAGGAGUCUCUGUCUGCAGCUGCCUCAGGAAGCAGUGCCGGAAGUGCGUACUUCAGUAGCAGCGACCAUUCCGAUCUCUCUGAAAACGGACAGGAGUCCCAUGGUAGACAGAGAGAUGAAGCCUUUCCCGGGGUGCUUGAGGAGCCCGUCUGGAGAAUGAUAGAACAGACCCCUGAGUGUGUCCCCGUGACAUACGAGGUGCCCAAGAGGGGGAGGGAAGCCGUGCUGGGAGAAGCCCUGGAGAAGCUCAGCAGCAUGGGGCAGCGGCUCCCAGUUCUCCCUGCGCAGGAGGAGGAGCUGGCCAAGGUGCCCUCCUGGGUCCACAGCCAGACUGCCCCUCAGGGAAGACACCUCCAGAACUGUGUCGCCUGUGAAGACAGAGGUCCAGUUGGCAGCACUGCAGAGGCCUCUGAGGAGCACGCAGGAGAAGACGUCAGAACUGUGACGAUGUCUGUCCACACCUUUUCCAGGUCAUGUAGGACACAGAGAUGUCUGUGUUGCUUCACUGAACUCUAACUCUUAAAUGGCAAAGUUAUCAACAUUAAGCUUUUCCCUUGCUUUUGUUUUGUUUUGUUUUGUUUUUGGUAGCACCGGAUCAAACCCAGGGCCUUGUGCACCCUAGUCUGGCGUUCUCUCUCUAGCUGACCUGCACCCCCGCUCUCCUGUCUCGGUCUUUAGUAGCUGACAUUCCCCAAAGCAGGUGUUUGCAUGGGCUCUAGUCCUGAUGUUAAAAUGCCCAUUGAGAAGCCUUUUCUAACUUAGCUGUCUCUGACAGCACCAGAUUGCCUCUGAAGAGGUGUGUGUCUGUAAAACUUGAUUUCGGAAGUCACUCUGAAUAGGUUACAGUUAGAGUGAAUCCCAAGCCUUAGUCUCGUUUGUUUUGUUCCAUUGCUGCAGAAUCAUUUUCCCUUUAGAAUACUUGAAUUCUGUCUACAGGUUGUGUAGUUCACACAAUGUUUUCCAUGAAUUUGACACAUUGAUCCAGGCUUGUACAGCAUGGUGCUUCCCUUCCUAAAUAUGAUAGGACAUUCCACCUUUCUCACAAGAUAUUAGAGUGCAUUGUUCUCUAGGAAAUGUGGGAGUCAUGGGUUUGGCUGUUUGUCUGGUUCCUGUCCGCACACUUCCUGUUGAUGUUGGUCCUCACAGAAACUCCUUCCGUAAGAUCUGUCUGCUUGAACAGGGCUUACUCUGGAGAAUUGAAGUUAAGCCAUGCAUGUUAAAAGAGUCACUUACUCGGCCAAUAGUAUUUUUUAAAGUCUUUCUUUGUUAUGAAAUAAAUGUGAAAAGGUUUUAAAAUGAUGUCAUUGUUAUUCUGGAGAUGUAUGUGCUUAUGUGCUCAGUCUAACAUUUGACAACACCGGGGUCUCCAUGCCAACCAGAGCCUGAUUGACAUGCCUUCCAUUUGCCUUUGACAGGGUAAGUGUUGGGGGCCUGCAGAGUGAGAAGCCACACUUAGGGGAGCUCAGUGACCCCAGCCUUUGGGAAGUGAGUGUGACUGUUAACCUGUGUCCACUCACUGUCCGGUCAGUGACACCCAAGAUCCCUUCUUGAAUCUCAGAUGACUGUGGAGCCCACCCUGUGCAGCUCAGAGGCCGGGACUGGCAGGAAGAGAAGUCUGCAGUAGCCUUUCCUGCACAGCGCUCCCAGCAGUCUAACACGGGUUUCUUUUCUGUUGCUUUGGUUUUUUUAGGAAAACACUUUUCCCCUGACACUUUAUAGCUGUCGUUCUGGUCAGGAGAAGGUCAUGAUGACUGUUGGCCCAGUGCUCCAACUCUGUGGCUUAGACUUCUUUUCUAAAAUAAUGGUUUUUCUGGAUGGCAGUCCUGUUGGAAGCUGUCAAAAGCAUUCUCAAGUGCUGCCUAUGACAUUCUUAGAAUUUUCUGGUAUUACACAGUUUCACACAAAUGUUCCUGCUCUGUGAAUAGAGACUUCUGUUCCUUCCUGGUAGUUAAAUGAUGUCACGGGGAGGCCUGCGCUGGUCCGGCUGGCCUUCUCCAGUGAUCAGGGACCAUCCUGCAUCUGUGCACGUACACCAGACCUGAUGUUCUCUGGGAAGGUGGCCCCUUCCUGCCUGUCCUGGGCACUUGUUUAUCUAUAGUCCUGGUUUCUUUGCCUUAGUCACAUCUAGUGGAGUAUGUAUGUAUCGUCCAGGCUUGACCUGAAACUGGUGCUUGUAGUCAGGCCUACACAGCCCUUUAACCCAGUCUCCCUUCUUCUAGGGAUGCCGGCAGUGCACUCCAGCAGAGCCAGCUGCUCCCUCCCCCUCCCCUCUGUGGGGGCCACACCCUGUGGAGACUCUGUUGUUCAAACUUACUAACUUUUUCUAUUGGUAACUAUUGAAUUGGUAACAAAACUAUGGAUUGUAGACUUCAGUGUUUACAUGACCCUUUCCCCCAAAGCUUUAUUUUCUUGGGUCACAUGUCAGAGUUUAAGAUGUCGUGUGAAUGGAUUAAAUGAAACAUCAUUAUAAUUUACAAGGUGGUAAAUUUUAAUCAAAUUGGCAAAGUGUUUAUAAUUGUGAAUUUGCUUGUACUUAAUGGUUAUUAAUCUUUUCAUUGCAUAUCUUUUUUGGGCAAAAACAAUAAAGAGUGUAUGUGUGAAA